AUGGCCUACUACGAGGUGACGGACACUAUGUCCGAAAGUCACGUCUCCCUUCCUUCCAACAUUCACGACCCUGAAAGUGACCGACUACGCCUUGGACGCGAACUCGCGCGCGAUUUUGGUCACGAUUCUUUCACUUCUAAUUCGUCACGCGGGGGUGCAAACGGCAAUAACGGCGAUGAAGAAACCGAUACCUUGGGAUCUUUUGACAUAUCAAGAGAUGCUCGCGGAACCUCUACGCGGCGUGUAGACAUGCUACAACACACACCCACAAUUGACUCACGGUUGUUCUCACAAGAGUUUGCAGACUUCACAAUGGCUGGCCGCGACGAUGAUGAUGAGGAGAUUACCGAUAGCAUAGAGAUGGGAAGAGGUGAUAAUAACAACUCUGGUUUAAGGUCGGUAGACUUUUCAUCAUAUAUUCCGCUCUCCAUUGGAGCUGGCAGCCGCAGGAAGCAGGGCCGUAAGAUGCCUAGCUUCUUUUCCACCGCCUCGCCGAACCCUCCCGCUAGACUACAGAGCAUCUCGAGCACACGUUCAGACCCUUCUGAGUAUCUACAAGCCUCAAAGCGAAGGAGCGGUGUUUCUACCACCCACAAACUAAAGGAAAGGGCCAAACCAGUUCAGGAAUCUCAGGGUUUGGGUGGUCUUACGGGAUUUGAUCUGUCACAAAUCGAAUUAUCCACCCCAAAAAACAAUUCAAGAGGUCGAUCAAGGCUUGGAACUACUGGGACAGGGACUGGAGCCUCAAAGAUAUCUGAUUUUGUGUCGAACAGUGGUAGUGGGGGAUCACGGUCACGAUUUCGGGGCGGGCAAUCGAAGAGCCCGCGCGACGAGCACGGGGACACCGCCUCGGACGCCGGUAGCGUUUCUGGCCGAGCCCGCCCUUCGAACACCCGUUUCGCGUCAUCAAAACCAAGACAAAUCUCAAGCGGUGUACCCGGCGGAGGCGCUCGUGGGGGUCGGACGGCAAAGGAUGAUGACCUAACGGCGGACGUGCCCGCAAUCGUUGCCAAAGCUCGGAGGACAGGCACCGGCACCGACAAAGCGGUCCCAAAGUCCUUCAAGUCUACUGACGCUUUCCUGCAAGAGCUAGGCCUAGAUGGGCACACUACUACAACGGACUUGAAAGAAAGAUUGGACAAGCUGAAAGACGUUGAUGCCGGAAGGGCACCGGGGUUUUAUAAACCUAGUGAUGAGACUAUUGGCAUUACCCAACAUUCUUUCCUCCUCCCACAGAUGUCAGAUCUCUCAGAGCUUAUUUCUGGCCACCCUGGUGAUGCAACCAGGUUUUCCCGCAAGCGUACGUCUACGGGAUUUCCAAAGACCCACAAACCUCUCGAAUCGAUUCCUGUUCCUCACGACGAGCGAGCAAUCCUUAUGGCGAUGAAAUUAUUACAAGACAAGGUGGAAGCUCUCGAAGGCUCGAAAGCAGAAGCUGAGCAACAAUGUAUACAUUUGGAACAUGAAUUGAGAAGGAGUGAGACAAGACUUCGCCAGGAGCAACAUCGGGCAAAGGCAGCAGAGGAUGGUCUCAUAAGAAAGAGAGGUGGGGAUAGCGCAUUUGGUGGAAGCAACGAUGGCGACGCGGAGGAGAGAGCCAAAGAAAAAAUGAAGCUAGAACACCAGAUGGAGAAGCUCAGUGCGUUAUCACUUUUAUCCCUUGUUAAAGGCAUUUUCGCUCACAAUAGUGCAGAAUUGGAAACCACCAUCAACAGCCUUCGUACUCAGCUGGAUAUACUCACUCGAGAGCUUGAGGUUUCUAAAAUUGCCUUGAGGCAUAUGCAAGAAGAGCGCAACUCGGCCAUCAACUCCGUUGCGAUGGCAGUUUCUACCAGUGAGGACCUCAAGGCAGUGAAUGAGGAGCUUCGAAUCGAGAUUGCUCACCUCCGGCAAGGGCGCCCCGGUUAUGAUCCCAAAGACAAGGAGUGGGAGAUUCGUGAGGAUAGGAUGCGGCGAAAGGCCCGAGCGGUUAGGGACGCCGCAGUAGUUGCCGAAGUUGUCGCAAGGGACACAACCCGACGCGAAAAGAGCAAGGAAGUUGCGGCGAACGGAGAGUCUGCCAUGGCUGAAAGACGCGAGCAACGGGCAAGAGAGAAGGAGGCCGAAAAAGCAAGAGAGCACUUGGAGAUUGAGGGGAAGAAAAUUGCAGAAGAGCAGAGAGCAAGAGAGAGGAUUGCCUUGCAAAAGGAGCGAUUUGACAAAAUGGUUGAACAUCAGCUUAGGAAGCUUCGUCCGGACCUUUUCGUGGCCGGGUCGGAUAUUCCUGCUGCCUCAUCAUUGACCGUUAACCGGGCUUCAGUACUGGAACCAGUUGGACGUAGAAGGGAAGGGGUGCGGGCACAGAGAAAGGGAAAGAAGGAUACUCGUUCUGGUGGGGCCCGCGGAUAUCCUGCUACUAGUGAUAGCGAGGCAUCGCCGGUGGAAGCCCAAGGCACACAAGCCACUUCUAAGGAUAACGAGCAAAAUGAUCUUUCGACUGGUGACGAUACUGUCAUGUCUAUUCCCGUGAGCCCGAUCGUCGUUACCCUUCUGAUACUAUUUUCUAACCGUCACUUUAGCCCGAUGAAAUCAAAAGGAUUGCAAAAGAAAUCAACGCCGAAAGGCGCAAGAGAAAAACUGCUGCUGCGAAUGCUGCCCAAGAACCAGCGCUGUCCGGCCCGUGGACCAAGGACCAGGCGAAGAAGGCCGUAAUACCGAAAGCCUCGAUCAGGAAGUCCGCCAAAGCGUCUGCCCCAAUGGGCGAGAAGAUCGAAGAAACUACUGCUCCUAUCAGUCGCAAACCUAGCGCGUCUAACAAACCUGCCAAAACCGUCAGAAUCGCUAAGAGCGAUAAGGACAAUAGCAAAGCGGUCGACAAUUCAGCCCAAGUCACUGCCACAUUACCCGCCCAACCCCGGGCGCAGCCACAAGUUUCGGCUACCGUAUCUUCUGAUGCUGCUGUACAAGCUUCUCAGACCUCCCGAAGGCCACGGAGGAGGAGAGUCGUUAAGAAGGUGGUUUACUAUUAUGAUGAGGAGACUACAAUGAGUUUCCCUAUUGAGGAAGAGGUUGAGGAAGAGGUGUCUGAAAGCGAGGGUGAGGAAACAGAAGCUUUGAAUGGGCAGGCUCGACAGCAAUUGCCCGAGCCAGACCACGAUGAAGAGCACACAUCUCAUGAGGAAAUGUCUUACGAGGAUCCUAUGACUCUCCAGGAGUCCAUGAUUCUUCCACCCCCCCCUGCUCCUCAAGUAGCGGCCCAGCCGGCGCCUCGGGAGACACAUGACGCCCAAAGCAUGGUUGAUCACCUUGCCGGGCAUGAUCCUGAAUCCUGCACCGUCUGCAAACGCAUGCAGAAACUGAGACAGAAGGAACAAGAACAGAAGAUGGCUAAUCCUCUGGCUGAUAUUGAUAAUUCAAUGGCAUUCCCCGCCCCUCCCCUUGAGCCUGUCUCUACAAGGAGACCAGAGAACACCGGGUCAUAUGAGGAAGAAGUAACCCCUAGGCCAUCGCAGGAACCAAAAACCCAACUGAGUAAGGUUGUUCGUCAACUCCAAGACGAAUUUGCGCAUAUUAAAUUGUAUGUUCCUUCCCUAUCUCUUCCCCCCAUUUAUUGUCGUGUGCUGACUUUUGUGAAAUAGAGCGUACCAAAACAAGGCGGAGGAGUUCAUGAGCCUGGACCCAUCAAUGGGGAAGAGACGCCGCAAGGCACUCACUGGGGAGAUGAAUGAACUAGUGGCAGAGAUGGAUUAUAAGUGUGACCAGAUAUACGCAUUGUACGAUGUCAACGAGGAGUUUGACGUGAGAAUGGAUUCCGAAGAUGAGGAGGAUGAGGAUGAGGAAGAAGAUGAAGAGGAAGACGAGGGUGAUUUGACAGAAUGGACUAUCCCAGAGUCCUUCGUCCUUGAAAAUGGCGGGAAUGGCGAUACCGAAGGCUCUACCAAUGACGAGGAAGAGAGAAGUUGAGUUUGCCAUUCUACCUGGUGCAUGCAUAGUUGUUUUCGCGUUUAAAAUUAUUGGAGUCAUGGGUUUUUGGGUACUUUUUUAUUCAUUACUGUCUUAUUUUUCCCCCCCUUGCCGAUGGUUUCGGGGAUGUAUAGUUCCGUUAAUGUUAUCGGGGUUGGUUAACG